CGCCCCUGUGGCAGACAGUACAUGCCUGCAUGGUCUGUCUGAGGAUCCGGGAAGGUCCGCGGACAGAGAGGAAGGGGGACCGCGCACAUCAUGAUCCGAGACCUCAACGCGUGAAAUCUCAGCACACGAUUCUUCACCUCCAGCUCUCAUCUAAAGGAAGGCAUCAUGAUUCCUGUGAUGGAAUUCCGGCAGUUCUCUGAACAACAGCCAGCGUUCAGAGUCCUGAAGCCCUGGUGGGAUGUGUUUACCGACUAUCUGUCUGUAGUCAUGCUCAUGAUUGGUGUUUUUGGAUGCACUCUUCAGGUAAUGCAAGAUAAAAUCAUAUGCCUUCCUCAGAGAACAUCAUCGUCUUCAGACAACACAAGUGGCAUGGAAGCGAAGUCACUGUUACACCUGCAAUCCAAUAUUUCUGUGGUACCAAGAGAAAUGACGGGCCUGAAAACCGAUCUGGAUCUUCAACAGUACAGUUUCAUCAAUCAGAUGUGUUAUGAGAAGGCACUGCAUUGGUAUGCCAAGUACUUUCCUUAUUUGGUUCUUAUACACACUCUAGUCUUCAUGAUGUGCAGCAAUUUCUGGUUCAAAUUCCCUGGGUCCAGCUCUAAAAUAGAGCAUUUUAUCUCUAUGCUUGGCAAGUGUUUUGACUCUCCCUGGACCACACGAGCUUUGUCAGAGGUGUCUGGAGAAAAUCCUGAAGAAAAGGACCAUAAAAAGAGCAGCACUUCUAGGUCCAGCAUCACAAUGUCUCCUGGAGAAGGAAGUUUGGAGAAGACACAAUCUCUCCGGUCUAUCCCAGAAAAGAUUGUAGUCGACAAGCCAUCCGCAAGUGUUCUUGAUAAAAAAGAGGGUGAACAAGCUAAAGCUCUUUUUGAAAAGGUAAAGAAGUUCCGUUUGCACGUUGAGGAAGGAGACAUCUUAUAUCUUAUGUAUGUUCGCCAGACAGUAUUUAAGGUCUUUAAAUUCCUCCUGAUCAUUGCCUAUAAUAGUUCUCUAGUGAAAGAAGUGCAGAAUAGAGUACGUUGCGAAGUUGAGAUCCAGGACAUGACAGGCUAUAAAGACUUUGAAUGUAAUCACACCAUGGCUCAUCUGUUUUCUAAGCUUUCUUAUUGUUACUUGUGUUUAGUGGCUGUCUAUGGAGUGACAAGCCUUUACACCUCAUACUGGCUGUUUUACCGCUCACUGAAAGAAUACUCUUUUGAGUAUGUGCGACAGGAAACAGGCAUCAGUGACAUCCCAGACGUCAAGAACGACUUUGCUUUCAUGCUACACAUGAUUGAUCAGUAUGACCCGCUCUAUUCUAAACGAUUUGCAGUUUUUCUGUCCGAGGUCAGUGAGAAUAAACUGAAACAGCUCAAUCUCAACCAUGAGUGGACUGCAGAGAAAUUGCGUCAGAGACUCCAGACCAACACCAACAACAGACUUGAACUUCAGUUGUUCAUGCUCCCUGGCUUACCCGACACUGUUUUUGAGUUGACGGAGCUGCAGUCACUCAAGCUAGAGAUCAUCAACAAUGUCACCAUCCCUCCCUCAAUCUCUCAGCUGGAAGACCUUCAGGAGCUGUCUCUUUACCAGUGCACUUUAAAGUUGCACACAACAGCUACCUCCUUCCUCAAAGAGAACCUGAAAGUGCUUCGUGUGAAGUUUGAUGAUAACAGGGAGUUUCCACACUGGAUGUAUGGCCUGCGCAACUUAGAGGAGCUCUAUCUCACUGGAUCACUAAGCCCCGAUGCCUCCAAAAACAUUGUUUUUGAGUCACUGCGGGAAAUGAAGUCUCUGAAAACUCUCUCUCUUAAGAGUAAUUUGACCAAGGUACCCCAGUCUAUAGUGGAUGUAUCCAGCCAUUUGCAGCGGCUGUACUUACACAAUGAUGGCACUAAGCUAGUAAUGCUCAACAACCUGAAAAAAAUGUCCAAUCUGAUUGAGUUGGAAUUAGUACGUUGUGAUCUGGAGCGUAUACCACACGCAAUCUUCAGCCUGACAAAUCUGCAAGAGCUUGACCUGAAAGAGAAUAACCUUCACUCAAUAGAGGAGAUUAUCAGUUUCCAACAUCUUCGAAAACUCACAUGCCUCAAACUUUGGUACAAUGGUAUCAUGUAUAUCCCGGAGCAUAUCAAGAAGCUUGGUAGCCUAGAGCGCCUCUACUUCAGCCACAACAAGAUCGAAAUAUUGCCUUCACACUUGUUCUUGUGCAACAAGUUGCGCUACCUAGACCUGUCCAACAAUGAUAUCCGAUUCAUUCCUCCAGAAAUUGGAGUCCUCCAGAGUCUACAGUAUUUCUCUGUCACCUGUAACAAAAUUGAAAAUCUGCCAGAUGAGCUCUUCUUUUGCAAAAAACUCAAAACAUUAAAGCUUAGCAAAAAUUCACUGUCCAUACUCUCGCCAAAGAUUUCCUAUCUAGCUCUACUGACAUACUUGGAGCUCAAAGGCAACCACUUUGAGAUUCUGCCUCAAGAGCUUGGAUGCUGUCGUGCUUUGAAGCGCAGUGGCCUUAUAGUGGAAGAGACAUUGUUUGAAACUCUGCCUUCAGAUGUCAGGGACCAAAUGAAGGCUGAGUGAAAUGCCUUACUUUAGCCAUAGUGCCUGCUGUUUGCUCUGUCUAGCAGUUCAGAGCAUUUGUUUUGUAUGAACUUAUUACCAUACUUAAGUAUUACUCUACUGUUAAGAAAGUUAAGAGUUAUUUUUCCCCUUUUCCUUGAUGGAGGGAAAAAUUACAUAUUCAUACAUUAUAUGGUCACACAUAGUGUGGGUGCAACAAGGUUGCUUAUACUGUUGUUAUUAAUUUUUUACAUCUUAUCUUAUCUACCACAAAGCCUUCUUCACUCUCUUGCUUAGUGUCAGAUGAGAAGAUUGAUGAUCAGCCUCAUACGUUAACAUGAAGCUACAGUCAGCAGGUGAUUUUUUUUUUUUUUCUUUUUGGUCUGUUGCAGUUGCUGGAGUCUCUUAAUUGGUAUCGAUAGGCAGACAUUGCUUGUAAUCAUUGGACAGACCCAUGCUCGCUGUUUUCCCUGCUGCAAGACUUGAUGCUAAGCUAACUGUCUUAAAGUGAUACCAAUCAUCUCAUCAAACUCUCAGCCACACAAAAAUAUUAUAUUUUCAAAAAUGUUAAACUACUUCAAAAGCUCAUUUCCUUCCGCUGCUACUUAAAAGUAGCCUGUGUACUAAAUGUAAAUCUAACUGAAGACCUCACUUAAGUUUAGGCCAGUAGCCUUACACAUGCUGUAGAUUAUAUAUUGCUUUUAUGAAGCAUUUUAUUUUCUUCAGGAGACUGUUAGUUCACAUGGGCCACAGCAGGGAAAAACAAAGGAUAUAUCAAACAUACAUACAUGUAAUACCUUGGCAAAAAAAAAUGUGUAUUUUAGAAAGAUGACAUUUUUAGGUGCAUUAAACUUGAAUUAUGUCGUGAAGGAUUAUGCCACUUUAGUGUUUUUCUUUGGCUCUUGAAAUGUGCACCUGAAGUAUGCAGCCUUAUACAAACAUGUAUUUUUAUAUUGUUGAACAAUAAAACCUUAUGUGCUGGUAAACUGAA